GGCUUGUGUGGCGGAAAGCCUGAAGAAAAAGGGAGCUGUAGUUUCUUACCUGUAGCCGCCUUGGAGAGAGAGUGCGGAAGGGUUUCUCCGCAGGGUCCUUCUGUGUAUCCGUAGGGCAGGGCUUGACGCCGGCGGGCGUGACGACCACGCAACAGAGUCUCGUGGGCGCCGCGGCCCGGCCUGAGGGAAGCGCGCCCGGGCGCCGCGUGAUGAUCCGGGAAACGUCUGCCUGGCCUAGUGGGAGCCCAGCAUGAUUUCCAGGGGAAAUCUAAGUUUACUUCAAGGCAUUCGAAAUGGGGAAAGACUAUUAUGGCAUUUUGGGAAUUGAAAAAGGAGCUUCAGAUGAAGAUAUUAAAAAGGCUUACAGAAAACAAGCCCUCAAAUUUCAUCCGGACAAGAACAAAUCCCCUCAGGCAGAGGAAAAAUUUAAAGAGGUUGCAGAAGCUUAUGAAGUAUUGAGUGAUCCUAAAAAGAGAGAAAUAUAUGAUCAGUUUGGGGAGGAAGGGUUAAAAGGAGGAGCAGGAGGUGCUGAUGGACAAGGAGGUACCUUCCGGUACACCUUCCAUGGAGACCCUCAUGCCACUUUUGCAGCAUUUUUUGGAGGUUCCAACCCAUUUGAAAUUUUCUUUGGAAGACGAAUGGCUGCUGGUGGUAGAGAUACUGAAGAGAUGGAAAUAGAUGGAGACCCUUUUGGUGCCUUUGGAUUCAGCAUGAAUGGAUAUCCAAGAGACAGGAAUUCUGUGGGGCCAUCCCGUGUCAAACAAGAUCCUCCAGUUAUUCAUGAACUUAGAGUGUCGCUUGAAGAAAUAUAUAGUGGUUGUACCAAACGGAUGAAGAUUUCUCGAAAAAGAUUAAAUCCUGAUGGGAGGAGUUACAGAACUGAGGACAAAAUUCUCACCAUUGAGAUUAAAAAAGGGUGGAAAGAAGGCACCAAAAUUACUUUUCCAAAGGAAGGAGAUGAAACACCAAAUAAUAUUCCAGCAGACAUUGUUUUUGUUAUUAAAGACAAAGAUCACCCCAAAUUUAAAAGAGAUGGAUCAAAUAUAAUUUAUACUGCUAAAAUUAGUUUACGGGAGGCAUUAUGUGGUUGCUCAAUUAAUGUGCCAACAAUGGAUGGAAGAAACAUACCUAUGUCAAUAAGUGAUAUUGUGAAACCUGGAAUGAGGAGAAGAAUUAUUGGAUAUGGGCUGCCAUUUCCAAAAAAUCCUGACCAACGUGGUGAUCUUCUAAUAGAAUUUGAUGUGUCCUUCCCAGAUACUAUAUCUUCAUCAUCCAAAGAAAUUCUUAGGAAACAUCUUCCUGCCUCAUAGAGUGAAGAACUUUGUUAUCCAUAUUUUGAUAAGACACUGAAAAUAUAGAGACUGGCAGUUUACUGAUAUAGAUGUGAAUUCUGUAUAAAGAUGUGUAAAUUCUUUUGAGGGCUCUUAAAUUGCAUGAAUAAAGACGGGUCAAAUAUAUAGGCAAAAGGGAUUUUUACAGUUAGAGAUAAAGUGAUAACCAUUCACUAUAUUUUAUUUCUUUUCUCCUAAACCAGAAAUUUUUAGUAUUUUGCUUAUGUGUAAAAGUUAAUUUUGUAGAGUUAGUAGUUAUAUUUGUGGUAAAGUACUAGACAACCCAAAUGCUUUAUUUCUUACAUCAUUAGAUGCUCACAAUGAUAGGUUCCCAUAAUGGAUAUUAAAAUUCUUCACUAAGGUAUACAUGUAACGUAUAAAGAAUAAAGGCCCAAGUAAUUUGGAAAUGUGAUUGUUAGACUGAAAUCAUAUUCUGAGAUGCUGUUAUCCGUCUGGUACCGAUAAAAGAAUAUACUGAUACACAUGUUUCACCAUUUUGAUUUUUAAAGUAUGCUGUAGCAUUUCUUAAUAACAUAGCUGUAAUUUUCUUAAAGCAGACCUUUUCUUCAUAAAAAUAAAUAUGGCAAAUUAUCUCCUGUGGAAAUCCCAAUAGCCUGAAUUACUGAUAUUUUAGAAAUAGACUUUUUAAAAUGCCAUAUGUAAUUUUGUGCAAGUUGAUUAUAUAUAUCUUGGACUUAAUAAAUUAUAGGCUCAUUUUAUUAUCCACUAGUUUAAAAUAAAUUGUUUAAUAAUAAAUGUGGUUUUAGAAAAGUACUAUUAUUUUUUGGAAUUUUCCAAUUACACAGUCUUCUGUCAGUUACAAUAUGCAUAUGUAUCUUAUGUAAUUUCCCUAAAAUUAAUGAACUACCACUAUGGUGUUAAACAAAAUAUAGGGAAAAGAACACUAACUGCUGCUUAUGGAUAAUAUUGCUACUACUUAUAAUGCAUAUAAAUACUUUACUUUUUCAUGUGUAUAGAUUGCAUUUCUUAGGUGUUUUAAUUUUUUAAAUAUAUUUACAUUUAAAAAUG